UGUAUAUAUAGAGGCAGCAGCCCUGUGUGUGAGCAGAGAGCUUCAGCGCUGAUCACCAGGGAACGAGACCAAACAGGAGCCAGAACUCAGAGCUGACCACCACAGUGCUGACCUCCACAACCAGCCACUCGACUCUGCCAGCAUGACCCUCCACAUCCAAUACGCCUUCCUGCUCUGCACCGCACUCUUUCACCUCAGUCAAGCGCGUUGGGGUAAUGAUGCUAUGGACUGCUGCCUGGAGGUGAGCCACAAGGUUAUCCCCAGAAAGAUCGUGGCCGCCUACAAGGUGCAGGGCAGCAACAGCGGCUGCCGCAUCCAAGCCGUUGUCUUCGUCACAGUCAAAAACAGGAAGCUGUGUGCCCCACACGAUGCUCGCUGGGUAAAGAAUUUGAUGAGGUGGUCUGACAAGACCAACGGAUCCAGCGGAUAAUAAAAGCCAGCGUGACGUGAGGUGAAGUGAGAGUGCAAGAAGUUUCAUGGUUCCUGCCAGGACCUUGCAUAGUCUACGCCGUCUUUCAUCUUCACUACGCUGUGAGAAGCUCUCUCAAACAAUCCCAGACCAAUGUGAAUGCAUUUUCUCUUCCCUUCUCCCUUCAUCCACCAGAUAUUUUCCCCACCCCCUCAUCUUCCCUUCCCCCCCCCCCCCCCCCCCCCCCCCCCCCUCCUGGACCUGUACAUAUCUCCCUCCUCCCACCUUCAUUCCGUCCUCUGUCUGCACACUUCGAUACUCGCUAAUUGUUUUGUCUCACACCUUCUGUCUUUGCAUCUCUCUUCCACCCAUCUGCCUACCAAAUACACCCCCCAACCUACCAGCCCCUCCUCUCUUUGCCAGCAUUCCCCCCCCUCCCACAAUCAGUGAAAAAGGGUCCCAACCUGAAACGUCACCCAUCCAUGUUCUCCACAGAUGCUGCCUGACCCGCUGAGUUACUCCAGCACUCUGUGAUA